AUAAUCUAAAAUAUGAUAUGAAAUUAAAACUUUGUCCUCCAUUUUGAAAAUAACCAACUUAAAAUUUAAAAGUUUGAUGAAAAAAAAAAAAAAAAAAAACACACUUGAAAUUUAAAAGAAAAUAAAAAAGCAAAAUAGAAACAGAAAAGGCCUCUAAACCUUAGAUCCGCUAAAUUCCAUGGCUACCAAAUCAGCGGCCGUCGACCUCUCCUCCUCCGACACCCCAUCCAAACCCCCACCCACUCCUGUUCCGAUCCCCGUCAAUCCUGAGACUCCGAUCACCGCCACCCCACGCCAAACUCAACCGCGUCCCACCUCUGACGCCGACGUCAUCCGCGUCCCCAGCUAUUCCCGCUGGUUCUCGCCGGACCACAUCCACCACUGCGAGGUCCGAUUCCUCCCCGAGUUCUUCGACUCUCGAUCCCCUUCCAAAAGCCCUAGCCUCUACAAGUACUAUCGCAACACCAUCGUCAGCCAAUCCAGGGCCGUCAACCCUUCUCGGAAGCUCACCUUCACGGAGGCCCGCAAGGCUCUCGUCGGCGACGUCGGCUCCGUUAGGAGGGUUUUUGAUUUCCUGGAGGCGUGGGGUUUGAUCAAUUACACUCCUUCCGCGCCCAACAAGCCCCUCAGGUGGGAGGACAAGGACAGCAGCAAGGCCGCCGCCGCGUCCUCUAAUGGCGGCGCUGAAUCCCCCGCCGGCGGUCCCAAGGACGGGUCUUCGGGGACCAGCAAGGAGAGCCCAAAGAAGAGGACUUGCAAUGGCUGCAAGUCUGUUUGCAGCAUUGCCUGCUUUGUUUCCGAAAAGAAUGACAUGACCCUGUGUGCAAGGUGCUAUGUUCGCAGCAACUAUCAGAUCGGCAUAAGUUCUUCCGAUUUCAGGCGGGUUGAAAUCAAUGAAGAGAUGGGGAGUGGCUGGGCUGAUAAAGAUACUCUGCAUCUUCUAGAAGCCCUUAUGCAUUAUGGCGACGAUUGGAGGAAGGUUGCGCAACAUGUCGGGAGAAGUGAGAAGGAAUGUGUUGCUCAUUUUCUCAAGAUUCCUGUUGGCGAGGAGUUUACUGAGGAUCUGGAUUACAAGCAGACUAGUGGAAUGAAGGAAGACGCAGCUGAUGCUGAAUCUGGAUUGGAUGGUGAUGGUGAUGGUACAACACUAAGUAAAAGAAUGCGUCUCACGCCUCUUGCGGAUGCAAGCAACCCAAUUAUGGCUCAGGCCGCCUUUCUGUCAGCACUGGCGGGCGUACAGGUUGCAGAGGCUGCUGCUUCUGCUGCCGUAACAACCCUGUGUGAGGCGGAUUAUGAAACAAGUAAAAUGAGUGUUCCAUCUCUGGCUUCGAGUGCAAGACAGCAUGAAACCGAUGCUGAGUUAAAUGGAGACAAUAAAAGUGACCUGGAUGCACUGGGGGCUGCUUUUGUAGAUGCAAAUUCACAGCUUGAGAAGGAAUGGCUGGAUGUGGGAAGAUCAAUAUCGGGGAUUACAGAAGUACAGCUGAGAGAGAUCCAAAAGAAGAUUAUUCGCUUCGAGGCGUUGGAUUUGCAGAUGGAGAGAGAAUGGGAACAACUGGAGCAAAUGAAAAGCAUGCUCUUCAUCGAUCAGAUGACGCUUUUGUUUAACAAAAGUUCUGCUCCAAAAACUACAGAACGGGCGGAGGAGAAGAAUGUAAAAGCGAAUUGAUUUUUCAUCAUUCGCGUAUGCUUAUCGUUGCCUCAAUGCAAGUUCGACACAUUUGAUAACCUUAAACUCAAUUUAUAACAAUCAUUACUAAUGUUAUGCGUUACGUUACAUUGUGUA